AUGGCCAGUUUCCAGCAACAACCAUCGUAUGCGCCCUCAGGAGGUGCUCCAGUCUGGAAUUCUCAACCGUAUGCUCAGCAAUAUGGCGCUCCAUCGGGUCCACCACCCGCGCAAUGGCAGCAGCAGGGCCAAUAUCCACCCACCAACAACGGUGCGUCGGGAGGUGACCAGGGAGAGUUCGACAAGUCAAACGAUGGCUACGAAAAGCCCCAGCGUUUCAAGCCAAAGAAGAAAUGGAACGAUUUGCCGUUUCUCGUCUUCUUCGUCUUGACCGUAGCUGGAUUCGCUACUGUCAGUGGCCUGGCGCUCUACUCGUGGGUCCGGGCAAGCGGUAAUGGCGGGGGCCUCGGAGGCAACUCGACAGGCAACAGGUCGAUUCUAAACGCAUCUACCGUCUAUCUCUUGCUAUUGACAACCGCCCUCUCCAUGGUGAUCACGCUCCUCUACAUGGUCCUCCUUCGCGCAUUCCCGAAACCUAUUCUACAUGUUUCACUCAUUCUCACUCCGUUUGGUGCCUUGGCCAUAGCCAUCUACUACUUUUACGUCCGAUACUACUCCGGGGCAAUCAUAUUCAUCAUCUUUGUGGUCAUAUUCGCCUUUGUCUACAUGGGAUAUCGACGCCGUGUACCCAUGGCCGCAAUGUUCUUGCAAGUCGUCAUCGACAUUGCAAAGCAUCACAAGAUGGGAGUCUAUGGGACCGCAAUCAUCGCCAUCAUCGCCCAAGCAGGACUCGGUGUAUGGUUCUCCUUUACAAUCAUCGCAACCUACACUCGAUGGGGUAACGCCGCUUGCCAAGUUGGAUCCUCUGUCAACAACUCGCGAACGUCUUGCACCAAUGCCACGCUCAUUGGACUCAUCGUGUUCGAGUUCUUUGGCUAUCUCUGGAUGUCACAGGUCAUUGCAAACGUCACCCUUGCGACGCUUGCCGGAGGUCCGUUUGGUAGCUGGUACUACUUUGGUCCCAAAGGCCAAGGCAUGCCGCCUCAUCCGACUCGCUCUGCCUUCCUCAGAGCAUCGACAUUGUCCCUUGGAUCCAUUGCUUUUGGCUCGUUGAUCGUCACCAUUCUCGAACUCAUCCGUGUCCUUCUCAACUUGGCCUCGCAGAGCGCCUCGCAAGAUGGAAACCCCAUCGUUGCCAUCUUGGCCUGCUGCGCCGCAUGCUUUGUUGGGUGUAUCGAAAGCUUGGUCGAAUACUUUAACAAGUAUGCGUAUAUUGAGAUUGCGCUCUACGGCAAACCGUAUAUUAAAGCUGCCAAGGAUACCUGGCAUUUGCUGACAGACCGCGGAAUCGACGCCAUCAUCAAUGACACCAUCGUUGGCCUAGCAAUGACCUGGGGAAGUUUCUUCAUCGGCCUCCUAUGUGUCCUCUUCUCGUAUAUCUACCUUCGAGCCACAAAACCAGCAUACAAUUCUGAUGGCUCAUACACGCCCGCCAUCCUAGUGUAUUCUUGGUUCGUUGGUUUCCAGGUUGCCCAAAGCCUCACAUCUGCGAUUGAUGCUGGAGUUUCUACCAUAUUUGUCGGACUUGCGGAACACCCAGAGGUAUUGCGCAAUCGCUCUCCCAUGCUUUUCGACCUUAUUGCUCAAAACUAUCCUCAAGUCGUUCAUGGUGUUCAUGGUACCGUCUGA